UUUUUUUUUAUUAUCAUUUCUUUCUUUUUUCAAUAAAAAGAAAUAUGACAGAUAAUAAUAGAGAAUUUUCUUAUCGUCUUACAGAGAGUAUAUUAUCACAAACAGUUAAUAGCACUGUAUCUUCUUAUCAACAAACAACCCCUAGACUUGUCACUCCUUUGCCACAGAAUGCUAUAGUAGUCCAGCCUAGAGAUUCUGAUUCAUCUUUUAAUAAUUAUAUUGGAACUCAUUUUAAAGAGGACGCACCUGUUUUACUUGAUCGUUUAAACGUAGCAACUCCUACUCAUCAUACACAAAAACAAGACCCAAUAUCUUCUGCUUCAUUUUGGACAUAUCUGUCAAAUGAUUUAGAUGCUAAACCACCUCAUGUAUUAACUUCUCAGCAAGAUAAUAAUAAUGAGAAAGGAAACAAUAACACGUGGUCUGAAUACGAUUCAAUUUUUGCUGAACAAACUUCUUCUAGUCAUUAUCUAACUGUUAACCACUUUUUUUCGUUGGGUGCUUUCUUAUUCUUAUUUGGAUUCAUCUUUCCUCCUUUAUGGUGGAUCGGCUCGUUUUUUCCUGUGCAAAUGAACGAUGAACUAUAUAGAAAAUAUGAUAGUGAUUAUAAAAUGAUUAAAAGAUGGAGGACUUUGAAUAGGUUUUUCUCACUAGGUUUUAGUACUUUAUUGAUUAUUGCCAUUAUUAUUCUAGUCAUCAUUUAUUCAAAGACAAAAUAAUACUCUAUUAUUUAUAAUUCAUGUAUUCUGUAUAUACCCUUUCACUCAUCUAC